GUCAUGCCGAAGUGAAAAUGCAAUUUGGAAAAGAUCCACGAGAGUUUAAUGUUCUCACAAAAGAGUUUGUAUCAGACGGGAAUGGUCAUGUCAGCGGAAUCAAUACGAUUCGCGUAGAAUGGACAAAAGACGCCAGUGGCAAGUGGACCAUGAAAGAAGUGCCUGGAAGCGAACAAUAUUUCCAGGCGGACUUAGUUUUACUGGCCAUGGGAUUCUUGGGGCCGGAGGAAAAAUUGAUAAAGAGUCUAGGAUUAAAAACGGAUUCACGUACAAACAUUGAAACGCCUAAAGGAAAAUACAGCACCGCAGUCCCGGGCAUAUUUGCCGCUGGAGACGCUCGUCGUGGACAGAGUUUGAUCGUGUGGGGUAUCAAUGAGGGCAGACAAGCAGCGAGGGAA